AUGUCAAAAGAAAGCUCAGACAAAUCUCAGAAAUUUGAGAAGAAUGGUUCGAAGAAAACUAGAAAUAUAGUUUUCUCUGGUGGUACUCGGAUGAUUAUUAUGUUAACUAUGACGUUUGCAUUUUUUGUUAUCGAAAUAGUGUUUGGAUAUAUUUCACAUUCAAUGGCCCUUAUCGCUGAUUCCUUUCAUAUGCUUAGUGAUGUUAUGGCACUUUCAGUAGCAUUUGCUUGCCUUAAGAUUGCCGAACGUACUUCAAAAAAAAAUACAUUUGGAUGGGUUCGAGCUGAAGUACUUGGUGCUUUAAUUAAUGGUGUAUUUUUGUUGGCACUUUGUUUUUCAAUUUUUAUUGAAUCAUUAACACGUAUCGUUGAACCAGAACAUAUCAAAGAUCCAGCAAAAGUUCUUGUUGUGGGAAUUAUUGGUUUUAUUAUCAAUCUAAUCGGAAUGUUUAUGUUCCAUAGUCACGCUCAUGGCCAUUCUCAUGCUGGAAUCGAUUCUUCUUCAAAUAGUAGGACUGGAUUACGCGCACAUGCGACUAUUGACGGUUUUGAAAGUCAGCAUCUUAUGUCAUCACAUCAGGAUGCUGCUAUGGCUCUUGCGCAGUUAAAUCAAGAUGUUCGAAUCAAUAUGAAGGAUGACAAAUUUUACACCGAUGAUAAUCGAUUUGUUGAGGGAGAAGCCAAAUCUAAAUCGGCGAAAAAAAAGUCUUUAUCAAAACAAUUGAAUAUGCAUGGAGUAUUUUUACAUGUACUAAGUGAUGCUAUAGGAUCUGUAAUUGUCAUUGUAACCGCCUUAGUCUCUUGGCGAGUGACCGGCUGUGAUGCACUUAAAUUAUACUUGGAUCCAGUAUUAAGUCUUGCUAUGGUCGGUCUUUUGGUUGCUUCAACACUUCCACUUGUUAGGGAAACUGCACUUAUUUUGAUGCAAACUACACCAGGAUUUAUAGAAAUUGAAGAACUUGAAAAAGCACUUUUAAAUAUUGAAGGAAUUCAAGCGGUGCAUGAAUUUCACGUAUGGCGUUUAGUCGGUGAACGUAUUAUAGCAACAGUACAUAUUAGAUUUAAUGAUUUAAAAGCAUAUAUCAACGCUGCUGAUGAAAUUCGUACGUUGUUUCACGAUAAUUCGAUUCAUAGUACUACAAUUCAGCCUGAGUUUUCUGAGAUGUCUGAUAGUUUGGGUAUUAACGAAAAAGCUUGUGCAUUAGCUUGCCCACCUCAAAAUUGCAAGCGAACGGAUGUCACCUGUUGUAAACGAAUAAAUGAUAGUUCUCUCAUGAGCGAUGCAGAUACUGAAAAGGAAUGA